GCAACAGAGGGCAACAUACAAUAGAGAUUGCAUCAAUAGAUAUAUACGGCUUUCUACGUGCCCCGCUGUCCAGGAGUAUCUCCAUUUCCCCAGGGAUUCGAGCUCAGCACUUACACCUGCUGCAAAUGAAUUCUUCAUAAGACAACAGUCAGGGACUGGAGCAGAACCACACAGGAACCGUGCUGCGGGCUCAGAAGAACCAUGCUGCGCUCCUGCGUCUUCACUGUAUGCUAUGUGUUUAUGCUGGUGCUGCGUCUGUCUGCGGCUGAGGACUUCGACUGGACAAAGAACGACCACAGUUCCUUCUAUUAUGGCACUUUUCCAACUGGAUUUUCGUGGGGUGCCGGCAGUUCAGCCUAUCAAACAGAAGGAGCCUGGGACAAAGAUGGAAAAGGACUGAGCAUCUGGGACGUGUUCAGUCACAAAAAAGGCAGAAUCCAACACAACGAGACCGGGGAUUCGUCUUGUGAGGGCUACUAUAAAGUCAAGGACGAUGUUUCUCUGAUGAAGGAGCUGAAGCUGAACCACUAUCGCUUCUCAAUAUCAUGGCCCAGAAUCAUGCCCACUGGAGUAAAGUCUGAUCAUGUCAAUGAAAAAGGAAUACAGUACUAUGACGACCUUAUCGAUCAUCUGCUGGACAAUCAGAUCACGCCUAUAGUCACUCUGUAUCACUGGGAUCUUCCACAGGUUUUACAGGAAAAAUAUGGUGGAUGGCAGAAUAUAAGCAUGGUCAACUAUUUCAAUGAAUUUGCCAACCUGUGCUUUGAAAGAUUUGGCAACCGGGUCAAGCAUUGGAUCACUUUCAACAAUCCAUGGUCGGUGGCGGUUGAAGGCUAUGAGACAGGUGAGCAUGCGCCUGGAGUGAGGCUGAGCGGAACAGGAGCGUACAGAGCCGCACAUCACAUCAUUAAGGCACAUGCCAAGGUUUGGCACACCUAUGAUACACAGUGGAGGACAAAGCAAAGAGGUCUAGUCGGCAUUUCUCUGGCUGGAGACUGGGGAGAACCGGUGGAUCUCAGCAGCCAGAAAGACAUUGAGGCAGCAGAGAGAUAUGUCCAGUUCUACCUGGGCUGGUUCGCCACGCCGAUCUUUCAUGGAGACUACCCCCAAGUGAUGAAAGACUUUAUUGGAAGGAAGAGCGUCCAGCAGGGCCUGGGUACGUCUCGCCUGCCCGCGUUCUCCCCCCAGGAGAAGAGCUACAUCAAGGGGACCUGCGACUUUCUCGGUGUCGGUCAUUUCACCACCCGCUACAUUACGCACAAGAACAACCCAUCGGGCCGCGCGAGCAGCAGCUACUUCACGGACCGCGACGUGGCCGAGCUGGUGGACCCGCGGUGGCCGGACCCGGGGUCGGAGUGGCUGUACGCCGUGCCCUGGGGCUUCAGACGCCUGCUCAACUUUGUCAAGACUCAGUACGGAAAUCCUAUAAUUUAUGUGACGGAGAAUGGAGUCUCUGAGAAGAUGCUAUGCACAGAGCUGUGCGACGAAUGGAGGAUACAGUAUUAUAAAGACUAUAUCAAUGAGAUGCUAAAAGCUAUUAAAGAUGGGGUCAGUGUGAAGGGAUACACCGCAUGGUCGCUGCUGGACAAGUUUGAGUGGGAUGAAGGCUACUCUGAGAGGUUUGGCUUGUUCUACGUGGACUUCAGGAACAAAAACAAGCCUCGCUACCCCAAAGCUUCUGUUCAGUUCUACAAACGCAUUAUCAGCUCCAACGGUUUCCCCAAUCAGAGAGAGGUGGAGAACUGGAGGAGGAAGGCUGUGGAGACCUGUUCUUCGAGCAACCAGCUCCUUGCUGCAGCUAGAAGAAAAUCCAAGGAACAUGCAGAAUUGCCAAAGGUUUGGCCAGUGCAUGAUGAAGUGUAGACUUUUAUGACCCUUUGACCAGCCACAUGGAGAUGGUGACCGAGAUUGUGGUUCCCACCGUGUGCACCCUCUCUAUUUUGCUCAGCGCCAUCUUCCUUAUGUUCCUGCUGAGGAGAAGGAACUAGACAGUGCAAGCAGCAUACGGACA